AUGAACGGGGGAAACGAUGUAGUGCCAAGACUUGGGUUCGAUGAAAUGAAAAGUGAGAUGAACAAAUAUGGUGUUGAAAUAACGCAGAGUACGUUGAAAAACCCAACGACAGAAGAUGUGCAAGGAGUGUAUAGCAUAUGCAUAAAGUACAUUUUAAACAAAGAUAUUAACAACAUACGAAUUGAAGAAUUCACUGGAGAUUUAAAAAGUGCAAUGCCAUCAAUUGAUGGAAUUCAAAUUCUACCAAAUGAAGGGAAAAAUCAUUUACAAGCUAUUGGAAAUUUACGAUUUAUUCGACACUGUGAAAAAAUUAACAGAAUACUAGGAGUAGAUAAUACAUUAAGCUAUUUAUUUAAACCUAUAAGUAGUCACAUAACAAAAUUGAUAAAUGCCUUUAUACACUUUAUGAAAUAUAAAGAACAAUUAUACAUUGAGAACGAUGCUAAAAUAAAACAAAUUGAAGCAGCGAAAAACGAAGAUGUAUUACUUGAUAAUGAACUUAAAACGGUUAAGAGUGAAUUGCAUUCCCUGCUGUCCAAUUAUGAAGAUAUAAAAACUAGCAUUCUUAACGAAAAAAACACAAAAAGAAAUUACGAAGAAGAAAUUAUUGAAAGUCAAAAUUUGUUAAACUCACAGCAGAGUAUACUUAUUUCGUUAAAAUCGACGAAAGACAAAAUUGUUAACGAAACGAAUGAAUUAAUUUUCCAAUUUUCUCGUUUUCGACAAAAAAAAGAAGAUCUGGAAGAUCAAAUUGUACCUUCACCUGAAAAAUUACAGGAAUAUAACAACGAAUUGAAAGAUUUACUAUUUGAACAUUUAUCAUAUUUCGAAUCAGACAAAAAAAAAAAUGAAGAAAUUAAAAACAAAAUAAAUGUUGCUGACUUGUGUAUAAAAAAACUCGUUGAACUGUUAACCACCUUAACGAGUCAUUUAAAUGAAACAGUCAAAUGUCAUAUUGAUAAAAAAGAAGAUAUAAAAAAUUUAGAAAAAAAUAUAAAAUCAUUAAAAACAGAAAAAGAAAAUUUAACAAAUAAAAAAAAUGAACAAGAAAAAAUUCUAAAUGACACAGAACAGUAUUUCUUAGAACAGAAAAAUAAAUGGAAUGACAAACUCGAGGAAGAAGAAAAAAAUAUUACCCAGGUCCAAAGAAAGGUUAACCAAAUGUAUGAACAAGUAGAAAAUGUUAAUAAUAAAACCAACAGGGAGGUUCAAGAAAUUAAUUCCAUCAUGAAACGUAUUCAAGACACGGUUAAUGACUACACAAGAAAUAUUGCUGCCAUAGAUGAAUUAACUCAAAAUACGAGGAAUUCUCAUGAUAUGCUAGCGAAAAAAAUUCGAAGUCACGUGCAACCCUGUGUACAAAUCCCUACAUAA